GCUACGUCAGAACCACUGUCCCCGGAUGGCGCCAUGUUACCCUUCGGCAACAUGUUGCCCCGCCUUCCCCAAGGCUACUGCGCGUGCGCCGAAGUCGGACCUCCGGUUCUCGCGCCUCGAGGAGCGGAAGUGCUCUUCCGACGCCCAGGGCGGUGCGAGUUGACGCUGGCCGUAGUUAUCUGCCGUGAGACUUCGGGUUCCGGCUUUCGUGAGAUGAAAAGGCACCCAAUUCAUUUUGUGAAGCUCCUUAGCUUUCAAUUUGAUAAAGAUUCCACAAGAAAGGCAACUAUAGAUCAGCGUUGCUUAAGAAUAUGGAUGCUGGAGUUCCCGUUGUGGCUCAGCCGGUUAAGACCUGACAUAGUGUCUGUGAGUACACAGGAAACGUCAGCCUUCAGGGACGUGUUUGUGGACUUCACCUUGGAGGAGUGGCAGCAGCUGGACGCCGCUCAGAAGACCCUCUACAGGGAUGUCACGCUGGAGAACUACAGCCACCUGCUCUCCGUGGGAUACCUCGUGGCCCAGCCAGAGGGGAUCUUCAGCUUGGGACAAGCAGAGGGGGCCGGGAAGGCAGAUGGAGAAGCCCCAACGCGGAGCGGACCAGAAUUCUGGCAAGCUGAUGACCAGAUAGAUAACUACAAAGAACGCCAAGACAAACCUCUGUGGCAGACUGCAUCCAAAGGCAAUGAAACACUGAAGGAUGGAAAUGGCCAAGAAUUCAGAACGUGCAGAAAAAUCACUUAUCCAGGUACAGACUUUGUUUCUAUAAGACAAAGACACCCUAAAUAUUAUUCAUGGGGAAAAUGUUCCAAACAUAAUUUAAACUUGUCAAAAUAGAAGCUAUGUAAGGAGGAAAGGUGA